AUGGCAACUGCGAGUGAAUGUAAGAGAAUUCAGAUAACGAUCAGUGGUAUACCGUUUCUAUGUGUUACAAUUGAUCCAAGUAUGCCUUUGUCUGCUUUACGAGCUGCCAUUAACCAGUGUCGGUCCAUAGGAGAGCAGCAGCUCUUCUUAGAUACAGAUAAGUAUCCAAUUGCGAACAAAGAUGAAGCGACGAUCCGUAUCGAAGAAAUAGUGAAGGAUGGUAAAAUGAUGUUACAAGCCAUAGAACAAGCCAUAGAACAAUCGGAGGCAAACAAAACUUUUUUAAAAGAAGAUACCAAACGUAUAUUUCCAUCUGCUACCACUGAAAAUUUUGACGCAUUUCCUUCAUUUGAUGUACCGUUGCGUCCGGUAACGAUGCCGGGUAACGCAUCUUCAGCAAUGCCGUCAGCACGAGCGGAGCACUGCCUCGAAACCUUUGAUCGUAACAUGUGGACAACCGUAUUUCACACGUGUAGACUGUUUAAAGGUUUACUGUUUGACAAUGACAUAUUGAAACCUAGCCAAUACCCGAUCUGCAAGUUGAGUAGAAACUUGACAACAUCAGAUUAUAACUCUCAUACGACAUCUCGAGUUGAAUCCUAUUUGACAAGUAAUGAACGACAAAAUAAAUUUAUACGAAGUAAACUCAUCAAAUUAGAUGCCAGCUUUAAUGCUCCAGUUGCGACGCUACAUGCUAGUGCCACCAAUCAUCAACAGCAAACAGAAAUGCGUGGGAAAAAAACAUUAUAUACAACUUGUGUAUGGAACUUUCCACGAGUUGAAGUGUUUCUGUAUGCUGAAGAAGAGAACAGUCAAUAUCUCGAGCCAACAGAACAAUUUGAACAAGCAGUGGAAGCAGCGUUGCUUUUGCCCACUUUAUACCAACAAGAAAUGAAGUUAAAAAAAGUUUUCAAUCACUACGGUCAAUUUUAUCCAAAAGUCGUCAUUCUUGGUGGACAAGUGUUCCAAACAGAUACGCAGACCGUAGAUGUAACUGAGAACGAACAAAAACAUAAGAAUAUGGUAGAAGCAGGAUUCAAAGCCGCUAUUGGACUUUACAGUGGUGGAGCUGGUGGAGGUGUCAGCUCAAAUGAACAGACAAGUAAUCGAUCAACAGUGCAACAGUCAAGUACGGCGCUCGAAACUGUUGGAGGAGAUACUUUGAUCGGUUCAAAUACGAGUCAAUGGUGUGUGAGUGUUGGUGACUAUACAAAAUGGGAUGUGAUUGAAUAUGGAGAGUUUAUAUCAACAUAUGAAUUACUCAGACCAACGCUUCGAAGUAGAGUCAAAGAAGUAUUAAAGAUUCAACAAGGUCGGCGACUACGAGCAGAAAUUAAACGGCGAAGAUUUUUGAAGAUCUUUGAUCUGGAACGCAUUCAAUCUAUAAUUUGUGAAAUCUACAGAUCAAUGAAUCUCAAUGACUUCUUACUUAGCCGCACUUUGAAACUCUAUAAGGGACUAUCAAAGCAUGAAUCGAAUAGAAAUAUACAUCAUAUAUCUGUUUUCGAUGUGUCCGCUACAGAAUUAUCUCAAUAUCUGGUCACAAUAGACAAUGACGACGUUCAACAGCAAUGUUCUGUAGCAAUCAAUAACUUCAUCCAACGUCCGUUGACAGAUGAGUUACUACGUCAUUGUUACCGACUGCAAGUUAGUGAAAUCGGUAGCGAAUCAUCGAUUGAGGUUAGUUUCGGUGAACCAUUUUGGGAUCCUACAGUUCUGUCCGAAGGUGUCUUCGGUAAACUAUUAUGCAAACGGGAUGUGAAUGGCAAAUACAGCAUAAACAUUGUGUAUAUCGAACUUACACUGGAGAAAAAGCCUGCAAUAUUUAGAUCUGAUGUCGCCGUCACUUACAUACUGGAAGCACAUUUUAAGCAAGCAAGCUCGUUCAAUAAGGUUCAGAAAGCCUUAGCAUUUUCAUGGCCAGUUGAACUUCGAUUAGCCCAAUGUCAGAGUUCUGUUUACGAUGAUAUUAAUAAAAAUGUGGGAACAUCAAAUAUUCGUUCGCUCUAUGAAACUUUGAAUCGUGCUGCUCUGCAGAUGUAA